UCCCCGCCUCCCUAUCCCGGCCCAGGUUCCGUGCAGGAAGCGGUCCGGGAUGAGGUCCCCAGCUGCUUCCCAGCCGGGACAGCGCUUCCUCCCGCGCCCUGGCUCCUCCUUGCUCGCCGCCUGAAGCGCCUUUGUCCUGUCGGCCUCUGGGUCCUGAGAGGACCAUUUCCGUGCUUCAUCCUUUUCUCAGCUUUGCACUUUAUUCCCUAGAGUGGCAUGGAGGCCAGGGAAGUGGAGGGGGCUGGGUUGCGCGGUCAGCGGAUGGCAUGGGGAGGGGACGGGGCUCACCUCUUGACCGCGCGCUGGCAGUCACCUGGACACCUGGACACGCAGGUUCCCGAGGACCGCCGCCUGGGAAGGCCCGCGGCUGCCAGAAGCCCAGAGCCACGCCUCUGACUCCGGUGGCCUUGGCUGCCCUGAACUGUUCCGAGGGUCAAGGACCUGGCCAGGGAUCCAGCCCCAGAUAACUUCGCUUUCGCCUGGAUCUCACAGCACACGCCACGCACAGAUUGAGUCACUUUAGGGGCUCAGAGUGUUGCGUGUGAGAAGAUGAGAGUCGGGGUCUUUGGAUUUAUUCCUUAAAAUCCAUUAACUUAUUUCUUGCACCUCAAACUGAACCUUCUGUUAUCCAUCCAUCCCUUCAGGGAUUCCUCGCAGGAAUCCCCGCCCUGCGUAGACCCUUGUAAUCUUGAGUGGGCAAUGAAUUUUGGCUCUGCAUACCCUAUCUAUGUAUUUCUUACUCAUUUUUGAUUGACAUUGUGAACUGUCUCAAAAGCCUGGUCCAAAAUUUCUGGCUUCAUCCAUGCUGAGGUGCUGUUCUGAUGAGGUUUUCCCAGGGACUUCCUGAGUGUGCUCAGGUGCGCCCUCUGCCUGUUGAGAGCUUGUAGGUCAGGGGCCAGGCUUGCUUCUCCUUUUCCUACCCUUAGACUUCCAGCCAUUUUGCCAGGGUACAAUUCACUGCCUCCUGCUUCCUGACCUUUCACGAGUGUCCUUCGACUUUGAUCCAUCUGCCACUGCGUUUGUUUUUAAAAUCUUCAGUACUCGUCUCGCAACAUGAACGUUUAAAGCUAAAACCUUCACAGAGAUGUGAGAUGGAGCAGGAGCAGUGGCUAAAUGUUGAACUCUUCAAAACUUGGCGUAUGGGCUGCUGGUGUACCACCAUCAUCCCCAACACUCCUGUUCAGAAGAUGGGUGAGGAAAGUGGAAAGUCUAAUCAGUCAGCCGAUGACCAGUGGGAAAAAUGAGCUACAAGAUCACCUGAUCUUCAUCAGUGAGAAAGCUUUGCACAAGAGGCUAUUUCAGAAAGAGAAUGGCGAUGAAGGAGAGACCAGACCAACAGAGAAGGAAGAGGGAAUCCUUUCUCAUGAAAAAGGAAGAAGGAAAUGGUUAUGGAGAAGGCACAGGUCUGCUAGAAAUACUUCAACCCAAAAUUCCAAAAUGACUAAGAAGAGAUCAAAAAGAAAUGAACUAGAAGAACUGAAAUUGGAUAUGAGGAAGAUCAGCAAUGACAUGGAGGAAAUGUGUGGAAUCCUGAACCUUUACAUGUAUGAGGAUUUGAACUACAGGAUGAACACUGAAUUCAACAUCAUUAAAUCACAACAUGAGAAGACAAUGUUGGAUAUGAAUAAAAUGAUCCAGUCCAUAAUUGGUUCCAUACAGUACUCCAAGGAACUGAUAGAAGAUAACUAUUCCUACAGCAUUAAGGAGGACCACCUCCUCCGUGAGUGCACUCAACUCCACGAAAACGUAAGGAUAUUACUGAAUGAGAACAGAAGGCUGCUGGUGGAGCAGGCUGGCCACAAGUGUCCUGUGGGGAAGAAAAGAGGUUCUCUGAGGAGGCCAGCAAGAACAUCUGUGUCCCAAGUGCCAAGGAACACCAGUCCAGCAGAAAGCAGAACAUGGCACAGACCACGACAUGAUCUCCCUCAAAGAGAAGUGCUGGAGGAAGAGCACUGA